UACGCUUAUCUCUAUCUGACCUGAUAAUUUUUUUCUUCUCCCAACUUCAUCCGUAGACCCCAAGAAUCAAGCUGUUCAGCGCGCAAAGCUUUCUUUCGGUUCGGACGAUAGAGAGAUCAAAGUAAUCUCAGCAUUUAAUCCAAUAAUUCACAGCACGGCCGCCAUCCUGCCAUUUGAGUAACUUUUGGACCAAAAGUCUCUGCGCCAUUGCCCCUCGAUUCGGCACGCCACCAUCCAUCAGCUCGCCCAUCGCCUCUGCCCGCCAAAACAAAAAAAAAACCCAUAACCACCACAACACAACACUCCCGCGCGAACCAAACUCUGGGCCCCCAGUUCAGCUCAAACCUUCUCAAAUUGAACUCAUUCAGCAGAGGUUCAGGAAUUUUGCAGUCACUAGUCGCUUCUUGCGCUCUUGCCGCUCCAUUGCUACGGACCGUUUCUGGAUCAGCUGCUUCCUUCUCGGGAACAGACAAAAUUGUGUUGCGUUCCUGCUGCCCGUUCCUCGUCACACCUUUUCCCGUCUCGCUCUCAAUCUCACUCACACACUCUCACUCUCACUGAGUCCGAGUCUGCCAUCGGCCUCUCUUUAUUACUUUUCCAACACAAACCUGAAGCGCGAAACACCACACUUCACCCCUCCAUUCCCCCUGCCACCCCUGCCGGCCAAACGCCCCCUUGGACCCCUCCAAAUAAGGGAUUCCAACAUUGGAGAUCGACGGCACAGCUGCGUAUUUGAGACGCGAAACCAACACGGAGAGGAGCCCCUGACAUCUCAAAGCUGAACUCUGAAGUUUGAACCUUUUGGUCUCCUUCUUUUCAGUGCUCACUCACUUCCCCGACCAAGCCGAGAGACUGAGAGACCCCGUCAUCUCGCCAUCUAUCUCUCUAUUCUCAUUCUCAUUCCCAUCCAGCUCACUCACUCCACAAACACACACCCACGACCAAGCACCUCAUCAACUCAUCUCACUCUCACUCUCACUCAUACCAACACCCACCUCUCGGGCUGUGUCUAUCAAACCCGCUACACUAGUCUCUCGCACAGCCGCGACGGACUGCCAACGUCUCACCACUCCGCUUUUUAAAGCUCUCAGACUCUUGGACUCUCUUCCCCAAAUCCUCCCGAAAAAAAGAGUCCCAUCUUGGUCUCCUUCUGCCCUGUCCCCUCUCUCCUGGUUACAAGGCACGUCCCGGCUUGCAUUGCAGUCCACUUCUCGACGAUCCCCCGAGCCCAUCAGUCCGGCCAGUAAGGCGACGUCCUUGCUUCUGCAUCCUGCAAAUCCACAAACGACAUACCUACACCACCGUCCAGAACCGCCAACCAAAAAGAAACUGACGCUCGCACUCGUCGCCUCCCACAUCGUCGACCCCCCAUUUCACCUCCGUCAAAAACCGCGACCCAGUCAGAACCGUUCUCUGCCCAACCCUCGCGCCCAAUAGACACUCCCAUCGCAAGGCCAACACAUCAUCAUACAGCGUCGCUCCCUUCACCAUGGUGUCCUUUUCGUGUGAGAACUGUGGUGAUGUUAUGACCAAGAAGAAGCUCGACCCCCACAGAAACCGUUGUCGAGGCGCCACUUACACCUGCAUCGAUUGCAUGGUCUACUUUCCUGGAACUGAAUAUCGCAGCCACACGAGUUGUAUGAGCGAGGCCCAGAAAUACCAAGGUGCUCUCUACAAGGAAAAGAGCAACAACAAGAAGAGCAAGACGAACAACAACCAGGCGUUCGCCCCUCAGCACGACAUGGCUCAACACGCAUACGUUGAGGACGUUCCCGAUGCCGAGUUCGAAACUUUCCCCUACGAGGCCAGCGACAAUGCCAACUCCCCCGCCGACCUUCUCCCCGAAGCGCCAACACCUCCCUCAGCUGCCGAGGGUCACGUCAACGUCUUCGACUUUCUUGACCCCUCAGCGACGCCGAAUGCGUCUGCCCUAGGUGCCAAGGAGCCGAACGAGGAGACACAGCUGGUGCGCUACGAGUAUGAGGCCGAGGCCUAUCUGGACGACGAGGGAGCAAUGGUUGACGAGGACCCGGGCGCCCUCGUACAGUACGGCACUGGCGCCAUUCCCCAGGGCUUCGAGACUCCGGCUUCCAAGCACGAACGGAGAAGGAAGGAUGGAAGCGAAAAGAAGGACAAGAAGCGCAAGCGUCUCCAUGUCGACACUGACCAAAUGAUGACCGACGCACCUCCUACAACCUUGGCUCACUCUGGUCUGACGGGCGGUCUGAACCGCAUGAUGUCGCGCCCCGUUUUCCCUCCUUCGCCAGACUACUCCGGAGGCGACGUUGCCGAUCCUUCACCGGCCAGCCCGCUCAAGAAGACCAAGUCUUCCAAGCACAAGAAGGAGGGCGGCAUCGGCAGCAACCUCAUGGGUCUCUUGAACAUGAACGGCACCAAGUCCAAGACUAAGAAGCGCAAGGUCUCCUCAUCCACCAAGAAGCACUCCUCAUCCAGCCGCCACCGAUCAGACGGCGAGAAAGCUCCCAAGUUGAUAGAGUACCGACCUGGUUCCCGCGACAGUAAGAAGGGCGAGGACGGAGACGACGAGGGCCAGAUGGUUGUCUACCGCCCGCGUGCCGACCUGUUUCUGUCUUUUAUCAACAAGGGCCCCGAGAGCGAGCGCGGCUGCAGUAUGAACAAGGCCCUCAAGCGCUUCCACCGCGAGCGCAGUUCCUCUGGGGACGGCCUCGGCAAGCUUUCGGAAGAGAAGGAGCUCUGGCGCUCGCUGCGCAUGAGGCGUAACGACCGCGGCGAGAUUGUACUUUUUCAGGCUUGAAUCUGAUGGUCGAUGUGUACACAAUCAUGCUGUUCUUCUCGAGGGGUUAGCCGCUCUACGGCUCGGACGGGAUAUCCAAGGGGUAAACUCAUAAAGGACAACGGAGUUAUCGAGCGUCAUUUUUUGUUGCUUUUUUUUUCUUGUUUUUUUUUCUUCUACUUCUUGUUUCAUAUUCCCAUGCUAGGCAACUCUGGCACAUGAUACCUACAAGAUGGAUCGGAAACCAUCAAUGGCCCUGGAUGGGAAACGGGGCCAAGGGAGAAAGGCAAGGGGGGGGUUGGCCGUGAAAUAUCGGAUAUUACUCUACUUUUUCGGGUCGAUGCGUCGGUCUCCUUUAUCUGAUUCCCACUUCUUCUGAAAUACCGCUAUCGUCGCAUUCUUCGUUUAACCCACACCCACGUGCUCUUAGCUGGUCUUCGAGCCUUUCACCGAGCCAUUUGGGCGUGUAUAGGACGAUUGAGGCUUCGAUUAGGUAAAUUCGAAAGUUAUUUCUUCCUCUUUAUGUCUGAUUUUCUCUCUGGCUGUGUUGAAGGAGAUUUUUAAUGAUGAUGGGGGAGAAGAAGAGAGGGAAAGAGGGGAGAGUCGAAGUUGGCGUGGCAUCAGUUCUUUGGUAUAUAUAUUUAUAUCUUUGUUCAUCUUCUUUGCCUUCGUACAAAAAUUUGGUAACGCCAAAUGCUUUGCCCUUUUUGGUCGUUCAUCAGAGGUUCCCCCCCUUGAGCCUGUGUGUCCAUUAUCAAUAGAAUUUCGUAGGUAUACAAAUGCCACAACGCCCCUCCUCACUCCAUCAAAUUCCUGUCGGCCGGGAAAGUGCUGUGUAACCAAAGUUUAAAACAUGAUGAUCACAUCUACAAAGCAUCACCCCUGACAUCACAAUCACACCACGGCCCAUCGUCUCGAAGUCAAGCAAUCCGCAGCGGUAGGAUAUGCUGCACCAUAGCCUCCCGUCUACACAGCGGACACUCUGGCUUCUCGCGUACCCAGUCCCCGAUGCACGUCCAGCAAAACACGUGUCCGCACUGCGUGGCGGACGGGUCCUUGAGCUCCUCGAGGCAGAGUGUGCAUUUCCGCUGCGCGGCGCCCGAGAUGUAGGCCAUUGUCUUCUCGUCGCUUAAAUCAAAGCGUGCGCCGGGUUCGCUGGAGGCGUCUGCCGAGGGGAUCACGGGCGUGUGUGUGACGGCCGAGAUGUCGACUUUGCUGCCCCCUGCGCCGUUGCCGCCUGGCGUUCCUGUUUCCGUGAGGAGGAGACCCGUGUUUGCGGCGUAGGCGUUUGCGUCGAGGGAGACGUCUAGCAAGGAGCUGUUGGACCGCAUGCGCGCUGCUGCUGCCGCCGCGGCGGCGGCGGCGUCGGAGAUUGUGGAGCGGAUGUGCAGGUAGGAUUGCACGGCGAGCUGGGCGACGAGGAGGACGCCGAGGACCUCGUAGCCCGCGCGGUCGGGGGAGUCGGGGACGCGGCGGGUGAAGACGUAGCGGAGGCCGAGGACGCGUUUGGCGAGCUCGUAGUAGGUGCCCGUGAAGUAGAAGAUUGCGAGGGUCGCUGCGUGGAUGGGCGCCGCGGAGGUGAGGGAGGGGAGGUUCGUGGCGAGGUAGGCUUUUAUUGCGUCCUUUCUGGAUGUCUGGUUUUUUGAAGUUUUUGUUUUGGAGGACGGCUCGAGGAGGGUUCGGAGGCGGGCGCGGAGGGUGGGGAGGGCGCGGCCUGCGACGUAGGGGAGGAGGACGGAUGUCGCGAUGUAGGAUGCGCGGCGGGCUAAGGUGGGGAGGGCGCCGGAGGGGUCGUCGGUGUCGUCGCCGGCGGCGCCGACGUGGAGCUGGACGAGGUCGCAGUAUUCCUCGCCGAGGGUGCGGUUGCCGGGGAGGGUGGUGAGGCCGAGGUAGAGGGUGUCUGCGAGGAGCCUGUGGAGGGCGGUGGCCGAGUGGGCGGAGCGGGCGCCGAGGAGGAGGCGGUGGAGGGAGGUGAGGGUGUUUGAGAGGUGGCCUUUGUAGUAGGCGUCUUUCUGGUGGGCGCGGAUGAUGUCUGGGGCGGAGGCGUAGGGGUAGGGUGAGGAGGGGAGGGUCGAUGGCGCGGAGGAGGAGGAUGGUUGUGAUGGUGAUGGGGAGGUCAUUCUGGAGAGGUGUUGUGCAUUUGCGCUGCGUGCGCGCGGUUGAGGUGUGUUGUUAAUCCGAUUGUUGUCUUGCGUGGGUUUUAUGAGGAAUGCUUCGUGUGCGCUCUGAGUGAGGGAAGAUCAGAGUCGCAAAGGCGUUUGUUCGUUGAGGGUAUCGCGGGAUUGGUAAAGGUAGUGAGGUCGUGAGGUUCAGGUACAGGUACAGCCGGGCCCGUGGUUGGGAUGUUUUUUGAGCCGAGGCGAUAUGGGUGCCGGGGCAGGUUUGGAAGAGAGGAGAGCUCGGCCGAUUGUCAGCGGCGUGUGUCACUGGCCAGCAUGUGUGGCAGCCAACGCAGCGGCGCCGGAUUGUCAGUGCUUGGGUUCCACGGCCGGGGGUACUGGCAGGGGUUCGAUGUAGAUACCCUGCCGCCCUGCGUAUCUCUCUCUUCUUGUCUUUCAUGUGAGACGUAUGAACAGCUUCAGA